GGUUUAAAGCUUGGACUCUGUAUAUAGCAUUUAUAGGAUACUUGUUUUCUGACAUAUAUAUGUAAUUCCGACGUUGGUGGUCGGAGAACAUCAAUUGGAAGUCGCCGCAGAAUCUAACGAUGCUGUAGGAGGCGACCGGGAAGGAGAAGAGAAUGGCAAAGGGCCGGAAACUCGGCUCCAGCCAUCACGAACGUCUGCUGGGGACCUUGAGUUACGGUGCAGGCCAACAGAACGGCACGGAUGCAUCGGAACUCGGCGAAGAAGAUGUGUGGUCGAUGGUUGACGACAUGGUGGAUCGAGACGAUCACACCAGGAACGUAGCACCCAGUGAGUGGGCCUCCAUGGCGCCGGAGAGUAACGGAGACCGUGGGAUUCGAUCACGGCGGUGGGUCGCCAGGGAAGACCGCCACGUCGGUGGCUUAUCAUUGGCGUUCAAUGAUGCGGGGAAGACAACCCCAUCGUCCAGGAUCGUGCACCAAUUCCGUCCCCAGGACAACGUGGCAGCCCCUCGUGGGCACCACAUGGCUGCGUCAGCACCGGUGAACGUUCCAGACUGGCCGAAGAUCCUACGCGUCGACUCAGUGGAAUCGCUGCAGGACUCCGAUGACGGGAUAGAGGAUCACGACGCGGAGUGGAUACCACCGCACGAGUAUUUGGCACGGGAGUAUGCUCGGACCCGGAAGAUGACGGCCACUUCGGUUUUCGAGGGAGUAGGUCGAACGCUCAAGGGACGGGACAUGAGCCGGGUUAGGGACGCGGUGUGGAGUCAGACCGGGUUUGAUGGUUAAAACUAGUUCUAGUUCUUCUUCUUCUUCUUGAGUCCGUUCCGUUGAAAAUGGAAAAUUUUUCCCAUGUUAAGAGGCUAUAAUAUUUAGAUACAUAUUUUUUUUUUGUUGGGCGAUGAAAGAGUUGCUCUACAGCGAUUGAGCCUAAUCAAAAUUUCAAUUUGAUGGGUCUGUUGUUCUUCGUUGCAGUUCACACUUUGGGACUCUCCUCCUCCUCCUCCUCCUCUGUCUCUGGUUGGAAAUUGUAGUUAAUCAGUUAAUCUCGAUCAGUCGGUGCUAUUUUAGUAAUUGUAGUCCCAAUGAAACAUUAGCAAAGACCAGUCUCUUUCUUACAUUUC